AUGUCAUCAGGCGGCUCAGACCCCGACCAAGCGGAAGACACGACAGUCCAGGAAGCUGGCCCGGAUACUUCUAAACACUUACUGCCCAUUUCCGCAACGGACAUUACACCAGAAAGCCGCCAUGAGACGCCUGACGUCUUUGAACCAAAAGUUCAAGAUACUACCUCAGGAGAUGUCGGCAUCGGCCUUGACCUGAAUGAGGGACCAAUUCUGAGUGAGGUACAAAGCUCUCUCCAUAAAAUUAGCAAUGGAGUAGAAGAGUUGGCCACAACAGUCCAUGACCUCCUGGGUCUCUCAGACUCCGAUGACUGCGAUUAUUACGGUCAUGACACCGAUGGUCGAGGAGCAUUUUCAUGGCGCAAUUUCAAGAUGAAUGCCAAAUGGCGACGACGACGUCGGCGAGGAUCGUCGAGUGUGCAAGGAGAUGCUCAAUCGGCGAAUACAAACGACGAGGCGGAAAACAGUAAGGAAGGCUCCAAACCCACCAAAGAGAUCAUACCUGAGAUCAGGGAGUGCAAUCUCGAGCAGUUCCAAUCACGAGAAGCGGCGGACGGGCAUAAGUUGUACUGCGUCGACAUCCUGGUGGCAGGCGAUUCCCUUGACGAGGAUAUAUUGCGUUUCAGAGAGACCAUAGCUAAGAUUGAGUCCGGAAGCAUUCAAUCUUGGAAGCCGGACCACAUACCAGAUCGGACAGAGGCGCCAAUCUUCGAAAACACUGGAAAAAAAUGGAUUCGACGGAUCAGGAUCAACUCUCGAGUUGUGCUGCAGAUGUUGCGACACAUUUGUCCUCAAUUGAAAGGACACCGGGGUCGGCCGGCUAUCUUCCAUAGGCCGUUCCAGCUCCUAGUUACCUUGCACGAGGACUUGAGAGAGCAACUGGCCAAUAUGAAAAGACCAGCCUCCGGUGGCCGCAACGAUGGAACGGACACAGCAGAUUCGAAGGCGUGUGUGGGCUUGAGCACGUCCCGGAGUCCAAAUUGGGACGAUCGGAUCCAGAAGCUUUGCGAAAACAAGGACGCCCUUGACGAGCUAGCCUGUUUUGUGGACUUCAUGGAAACUCAAAUCAUGCCUGAUUCACGACGAUAUAGAGAUCCAUCUGAUCUACCAGAAACUGUUCGGUGGGAAGAUCUCUGGUAUCUCUUCAAGCCUGGCGACUUGAUCUACGUCAAUCGCGAUAUAUUGGGUCACGAUUCCUUCACCACAAGUGUACAUGCACAACAAAUUCUACGUGUCACACACUCCUCUCUGACCAACACAUCUUCCGACAGAGGGCCUAUUGGAUUCGGAGGAAUGCAGCAUUUCUCUUUUCUCGGGCACUUCAUUGAAUUCAACGGAGUUUCUUAUGUGCCCAUGUUUUAUAUCUUUCGCUCCAUCGCCCGAUUUCGAGGCCAGAUAAAGGUGACGGAUUUGCCUACAUUCCCAGUCUCUUACUUGAAAAAUGACCAGAUUUUAGCACAAGCAGUAUCAGAUGGGGAAACAUACAUCAGCCUGAUCGAGGGACGUUCGGGAUUCUACAGUGGCUGGACACAGACAAUAAGCCCAUUUGGGGAGCGGCUGACAGAGCAAUCAUCGGGAACCCGACACGCGAGCCCCGAACACAUCGAGAGCGACAUCUUAAUUGACUUUCAGGAAACUUUCAACGCGUUUCCAGAUUGGAGGCCCAGGUCCUACCAAAUAAUGGCCGAUGAGGUGGAGAAAUUGGGGACGGAGGUGUUCAGGCUCGAACGAUCCGAUCUCCCCGUACUAGAAUGGGACAGACUGGGAAAAACAAUCCACGACGACUCCGACCAAGAGCUGCGCAUAGAUUACACCGAAUUGGUUGAAGCGAAGAGGUUCAUUUCUGAAGAUGUGUUGCGGCAAUUCAAAACAGAGAGACCAACCCCGACUGGUCAAUACCUCGCGUUAUUGCCAAGACGCUUUUUCGCAUACGCUGUGCUUGAACGCAAAUUUGUCCAACUGAAUACCCGCUUUGUUCGCAAUGCAGAUGUCGAAGCGAACGACAAAGCUUUCGAGAAGCUGGAGAUUGACCGCAAUUACAAAAGGCUCAUCCUCUCACUUGUUAAGUCUCACUUCGACAAGAUCGAGACUGAGAAGACAACAAAUGUCGAAAUCGAAACCCAAGAUUUGAUUCGAGGGAAGGGAAAGGGCGUUGUCAUUCUUCUACAUGGAGUUCCAGGUGUUGGCAAGACGGCAACAGCAGAAGCAGUUGCGCUCAAAUGGAAGAAGCCUCUGUUCCCAAUCACCUGCGGAGAUCUAGGAUACACAGCUGAGACGUUGGAAAAGUCUCUACAUGAAAUCUUCCGAUUGGCUCAUCAUUGGGGAUGCAUUCUUCUACUCGACGAAGCCGACGUCUUCAUCACACAAAGGGAGAGACAUGAUUUGAAGCGGAAUGCUUUGGUGUCGGCAUUCCUCAGAGUCCUGGAGUACUACAAUGGCAUCAUGUUUCUCACAACUAAUCGAGCAGGUGUCUUGGACGAGGCCAUCAAAUCAAGAGUACACUUGAACCUCUAUUACGACCAUCUUACUGAGGAGCAGACCGUGGCCAUUUUCAGGCAGCACAUCCAACGUCUCAGGGACAUCGAGAAGCAGAGAAAUCCAGACGCAAAUGAUCAGAUCAUGGUCCUUCACAAGGAGAUCAUUCAGUUUGCUAAAGACCAUUUCAAUCAUCGUGACAACCACGGCUCGGGCAGCAACUUUGGCAGGUGGAACGGGAGGCAAAUCAGGAAUGCAUUCCUCAUAGCCUCUUCUCUUGCUCACUAUGACAGUGAAGAUGAGGGCGAGGAUGAAGACAACGACGAGUUGGCAGAGCCAGGAAGAAAGAAACAGAAGCAACUCGGUCGCAGCCAGUUUGAGGUCGUCGCUCAGACCACUCUCAUGUACGACCAGUACAGAGAGGCGGUUCACGGCAAGUCGGAUGAGCACGUCGCUUUCGAAAGGGAGGAGAGGGCCAUUUUAUCUCAAACCAGGCCACCCACACCAGUCCGGAUGAAGAAUAUCGGCAAGGGCUUUGGUUGA